AUGAGUGACAUCAACUCGGACAAGCAGGAUGACUCUCUCAACCGCAUGAAGACGGCCGAGAGUGUCUUCCUGCCCAUCUCGCGCGAGACCUUCGAGAAGCUCUACCUGAGCCCGAAGCACCCCUCUGUUGAAGGCAACCUCAGGAGGAAGCUGGCUAACCCCACGCCUGUCUGCCUGAUUGGUUUCUUGAUUGCUUCGACUCCGAACGCGUGUAUGCUCAUGGGGUGGAGAGGCGCCGGAGGGAACGGCGGUGCCCUUAUCCCUACGUAUAUCUUCUAUGGCGGUAUUAUCCAAGUCCUCGGUGCUAUUGGCGAAUGGAUCAUCGGAAACACCUUUACCUGCGCAGUCUUCUUCACUUACGGAACUUUCUGGCUCGUCCAAGGCGGCGGUCUUAUGCCAUUCUUCUCCACUGGGGCAAAUUAUGCAGAGGGUGAUAAUUUUGCGGGACAUGAAACGGCAGCCUAUCAUUCAACAGUCGCAUUCUACUUUUUAUCUCUCGGAAUUCUCACAACGGUCUUUCUCAUCUGCUCGCUGCGAACGAAUGUCUGCCUAUUCUCCGCACUGUUCCUCCUCGUCAUCACUUUCUGUCUGCUAGCCGGCGCAUACUUCCAGAUUGCGAACGGAGCUACGGAAGCCGCAGCGAAGUUGCAAGAGGCUGCUGGAGCAUUUAAUUUCGCGCUGUGUUGGCCCAUUUGGUGGAUUCUUCUCACGCAGGUCCUGGAAGCGGUCGAUUUCCCGAUUGCUCUCCCUGUGGGUGAUCUCAGCAGCAUCAUCAAGGGACGGAGCCAGAGAUCUAAGGCGUCGAAUGCGGUUUAA